CAGCAGAGCAAGAAGCGAGCCCUUGCUGCAGGACCUUGUCAGGACGAGCGCUGCAGACGUGUGCGUGUAGACGUUGGAGGCGCCACCACGAGUAAAAUGAAGUGGCUUUGGAUCUUGUGUCUCGUGCUGCCGCUCAUAGCGGCAGAAGACCUUUCUCUCGUUGGCCAACCAGAAAAUGACUACGAUACCGAGGAUGACAUGGCCGCUGACCCCAACAGCAAUAACACCGGCGCUACGCUGGACGUGAGGGGAAUGAGGCCAAUGCCGAGUGGCACCAGGGUGAGGAGGCCACCGCUGCCGCCACCGGCGUCUGGCUCCGGGCGCCGUUACGAGGCGCGACCCACCAGCGCCCCCAAGGCCGGCCUGGAGGCCCAGAAGGCGAUCCGCGAUGAGGGGGGCUGCAUGUUGCCCGAGAGCGACCUGGGCGUGUUGUGCCCGACGGGCUGCGAGCUGCGCGAGGAGCUCCUGAAGCAGCGCGACCCGGUGCGCUACAAGAUCUCAAUGCUCAAGCAGAACCUCACCUACUUCAUCAACAGCUUCGACCGCAUGGCCGCCGACUCCAACACGCUCAAGCAGAACGUGCAGACGCUGCGCAGACGCCUCAACGCUCGCAGCAGCACCCACGUGGAUGCGCAGAAGGAGAUAGAGAACCGCUACAAGGAGGUGAAGAUCCGCAUCGAGUCAACGGUGGCCGGCUCGCUGCGCUCCAUGAAGUCCGUGAUGGAGCACCUGCGAGCCAAGAUGCAGCGCAUGGAGGAGGCCAUCAAGACGCAGAAGGAGCUGUGCAGCGCGCCUUGCACCGUCAGCUGUCACGUGCCCGUCGUGUCCGGAAUGCACUGUGAGGACAUCUAUCGAAACGGUGGCCGCACAAGUGAAGCGUACUACAUCCAGCCGGACCUCUUCUCAAAGCCCUACAAGGUGUUCUGCGACAUGGACAGCCACGGAGGAGGCUGGACCGUCGUCCAGAACCGAGUGGAUGGCAGCUCCAACUUCGCGAGAGACUGGAACACCUACAAGGCUGGGUUUGGAAACAUUGCCUUCGAUAACGGGAAGUCCAUUUGCAACAUUCCAGGCGAGUACUGGCUGGGCACGGAAACCGUUCACCAGCUGACUAAGCAGCACACGCAGCAGGUGCUGUUCGACAUGAGCGACUGGGAGGGCAGCAGCGUGUACGCUCAGUACGCCAGCUUCCGGCUGGAGAACGAGGCGCAGGGCUACCGCCUUUGGGUGGAGGAUUACAGCGGCAACGCAGGCAACGCACUGCUGGAUGGGGCCACGCAGCUCAUGGGCGACAACCGCACCAUGACCAUCCACAACGGCAUGCAGUUCAGCACCUUCGACCGAGACAACGACAACUGGAACCCCGGCGACCCGACCAAGCACUGCUCGCGCGAGGACGCUGGUGGUUGGUGGUACAAUCGCUGCCAUGCAGCCAAUCCCAACGGCCGCUACUACUGGGGCGGCAUCUACACCAAGGAGCAGGCGGACUACGGCACGGACGACGGCGUUGUGUGGAUGAACUGGAAGGGCUCCUGGUAUUCCAUGCGCCAGAUGGCCAUGAAGCUUCGACCCAAGUGGCCCUAGCCGUUAUUCUGUCAAUUUUUAAAAUAUACUCUCACGAGCCCUUUUGAUGCGUUGACGGGUUGUUCCGCGUCUUUGCCGGCAUGACCCCAAAAAACAUCGGAGAGCCAUACAGCACAAUCUUGAAAAGCUACGUGGAGGCGUACUUUCAUAAGGCCCGCGAAAUUUCCAUGGGAUUAUUUUCAAAAAUCAGUUUGAACUUCCAUCAAAAUGAUUGUGUUUUUUGAUAGGGUACAGGACCAUUCUGGUUUGCAGCAGGGUUUUGGAGUUGUAGAAACUGAAUGCAUAGAAUUAUAUUGUGGGAUGUGAUUAAAUAUGUGGCCGUCAAUGAGAUACUGAGUAUGUCAAUUUUAUGUGACAAGUGAGGAAGCUGUCCGCAAUGAUGAAGGCUAAAACAAAGAGUGCAGUGAGUAAAACUAACAAUCAUGCCUUGUUCCCCACAGAGCCAUCUCUGUUGCAUUUUGAAUUCCGAUUAAAAAUAACGCUUACAACAAAAGUAAAAAAAAAGAAAUACAAAGGGGCUUUGUUUGGAGUUGUACUGUCAGCGCCUUGAAAAAUAAUGCAUUUUAAAUUAAGUGUUAAAAGAAAGCCGGUGCAUUUCUGUUCUAUUUGACCUAUUUCCAAGGGAGGGCCCCCGCCUCCUCCCCCAGAACAAUAUCUUAACUUUAUCAAAAAAAACAAUGAAAAUAAAAAAAUAUAAAAAGUUGAAGGUCUUUUCUUCCAUGGCUGUAUACAUUGACUGAGGCUGUUUGACAUCAAUGAGAGUGACUUCAAACACCAAUAAAAAUGAGCACCUGUCUAUGCUCCAUAAGCUUA